AUGUUGGAUUCUAAAUGGCUUUAUUAUUAUCUUUAUCCCGCUUUGGAUAAAUUGGAAAAUUUGAGCCCUCGAAGAACGAAAAUAGGCGAAUUAGAAACAAGCAUAUUGAGACAGCAAAAGAAAAGAGCUAAAAUAGAGAAUAGUAGUAAUAUUACUGAAGAACAAGUUUGCGAUUUUAAAAAAAAAUUGCUUAGAGAUCAUGUAACAGUAACAAAAAAAGCUAAAACUGGAAACCAUUUUACGGCCAAAAUACAAGAAUAUCAUUAUAAGCAAAAUCUUGAAGGUGUCAGAGGAUAUCUAUCAAGUCUUUAUCUGUUCUCAAAUAUUUGUAAAUUACUAUAUAAUUAAGAUAUCAAACAAAUCAAUAAAUAAUAAAACCUACAAGAGAGGUUUCACACAGAAUUUUUGGUAUUUUGUUUCUCUUUUGGUGCUUGGAUCAAAACCAAAAAAUUUCAACGCUAUUCCUAACGACUUACUGGAAGAAUGGAACAAUUUCCUCAAAGAUAACAAAGCAUCCCUCUAUAUAAAAAAAAAAGCAGGGAUUUCAGACGAUAUAAAAGAGACAAGGUAAAAUAAAUGCAGGCAUUUUCU